CCCCGCGUGGCCGCGGGGGCCUUGGAGGUGGACAUGGACAUGGCCAACGUGCAGCUGGGGGGCAGGGCCUGGCGCAAGAACGAGUGGCCGCCGAAGAAGUCCGAGCACAAGGCGAGUAUCAGCGUCGACGACAAGGGGGGGGCCCCGAUCACCGCCGUCCACCAGUGGCCGUUCUACGAGAUUCCCAUAGAGGACGUCCCUAUAUUGGAUGGGCCGUUCGACAAGGACACUCUGAAGCUGUACAAGGUGAUGGACAUGUCCGACAGCGUGCUGAAGGCGUUCAUGCUGAGCAACCGCUGGAACAUGAACAAUGCGAGGAGGUCCGCCGGCUUCGACAGGAAGGGCAUCGCCGCGCUCAGCAGCGCGCGGGUGGUCGUGCCGGCCCUGAACCGCAUCUUCAACGGCCUGGGCGCCUGGCGGACCUGGCGGUCGGAGGCCCCGGACAGGGCCGACACCCGGGAGAGCUUCGACGAGUUCGCCGCGGAGAAGGGCGCCGACGAGGACACGGCGGCCGAGCUGCGGGCGAUCCUCUUCGGCGACGACCAGGCGACGGCGGCCCUGCGGAUCACCGCCCUCGUCGGGACGCAGCGGGGCGCGGCGCUCGCCCUCUGGGCCCUGGAGCCCGACAGCUCGAGCGUGAGGCUGGACUUCUGCGUGGGCGAGGAUUGCCUCGCCGAGGGGCCCGAGGUCGAGAUGCUGUUGAUGCGGUUGGUGGCGUCGGAGGCCCGCGAGCAGGGGGCCAAGCGCCUGCGCUGCCGCGCGCGGCAGACGGAGGAGGGCAAGCUCUUCCCCCCGAAGUCCUUCAAGACGCUGGGCCUGACCGCGACGCCCGCCGCCACCGCGGGGUUCGAGAUCGACCUGGGCGACGACGCCGAGGAGGCCGACUGGAGCGUCCCCAAGGACAUGGAGGACGACGAGGAGCAAUGGAUGAAGGUCGUGCGCAUACGAGAAGCGGUGCCGGGCGUUCGGGAUUGGCUGCGG